CCGGAAGUACAAAAUCAUGGCGAACUUGGCAAGGAAGUGGAUUGUACUUUCUGUUGAGUUAAUCUUCGUUUCGUUCCUAUUACUGAGUUACACAGAUGCAAAGAGAACAAAAGAGAAGAUUUAUAUUGACCUUCAGACUCAAAAUGCUUGUUUCCGGUCUCUGAACGCCACCCACCAGAUAGGAUGUACAUCGUCCUCCGAGGGCAACGUGGGUGUCCUCCACUACCUGGAGACACAGGACGACUACAACUGGAUACUGAAGGACGGCCCUAACCCUCCCUAUGUUGUCUUGAUGAACUCACUCGAGUUUAACAGCUCUAACCUUGACCUGCUGGUGGCCUCACAGCGAGUGAACGGGAUACUGGUCAUCAACGUGCUAGAGAACCAGACCUUGACCCCGUUCCCGGGUCAGUUCUCCGCCGACAAGUCAUGUCCAAACGAUGCAUACGGCAUGUACCACAAAGACAAGAGCUACAGCAACUGCAAGAAGCAGAAGUGGAAUGUGGGGGGCACCGACAUCGGCAUGAUGUUCAAGGACUACAGCAUCCCCAUGUUCUCCCUGCCUAACGAGGACGAUGUCAGCAAGCUCAUCAACAUGUGCUAUGAGAAAUUCAACCGGCCCAUCAAUGGCGUCCCACGUAACUACCCGCUGUGUGCCGUCCAGCUGAAUGACCGGAUGGACGCAGCGAAAGACACUGUGACCUGUACCAGAAGGACGAACCGACUGACAAACCUGAGCAAUCCCGUCCGCUACUGCGACCCUCUGGGAGACAAGAACAUUGUGGCUACCAUGAAGACUGUCAACUCGACGGAAGAGAGGCCAGAAAAGUCGGUGAUAGUGUUUGCCACCAAGAUGGACUCGCUGGCAAUGUUUCACAAUGAGUAUCCAGCCUCUGACUCCACGGUGACGGGCAUCGUGACGCUGCUGGCUGUGGCAGAAGCCCUUGGUGCAGUCAAAGACGAGAUCCAGAACAAUUCCACUGCCAAGGACAUUAUGUUCACCUUUUUCCAAGGGGAGUCGUUCGACUACAUCGGCUCCAGCCGUAUGGUUUACGACAUGGACUCCAACUCUAGCCAGUUUCCCCAGGACAUCAAGAAGGACGUUGUCAGUCUCCAGGAGAUCCGACUGGAGAACAUACACAGCUUCCUGGAGGUCAAUCAGGUCGGGUUGCGAGAUCAGGGCAAACUGUGGAUACACACUGACCCAAUCACCAGACCCAAGCUGGAGGACCCAACUCAGCUGUCCGACAUGAUCAGUUCGCUGAAGUCCAUCGGGUCGUCGCUGGGUGUUCAACUUGACAAUGUGACAGAUGAUACGCCACUCCCCCCAGCCUCCGUCCAGAGGUUCCUGAUGAAGGCCAAUAUUCCCGCCAUCGUCCUGACCGACCACCAGAAGGAAUACACCAACAGGUUCUUCAACAGCCGCUUUGACCUCCCCGCCAUGAUCAAUGUGACUGACCACGGCAACCAGUCAGACCCGUCAGCUGACACACAGACACAGUCUCUCACAGACAUCGCCACCACACUCGCUCACUUCCUGUACACUCUCUCAACUGGCAACACCGCCCCCAGCUCCCUCAAGGCAGACAAGGACAUUGUGGAGUGUCUCCUCCAGAAGCUAUCCUUCCAUGCAUACAUAUACAUGAUGUUAGUGCUGACUGAGAGAGUCUCUCUGCUUGUCCAGGUGGAGUGUCUCCUCCAGAAGCUAUCCUUCCAUGCAUACAUAUACAUGAUGUGGAGUCUCCUCCAGAAGCUAUCCUUCCAUGCAUACAUAUACAUGAUGUUAGUGCUGACUGAGAGAGUCUCAGGUGGAGAGUCUCCUCCAGUGUUUCCUCUUAUACAUGAUAGUGCACUGAGCUGUUCCAGUAGCAUCGACCCAGAUGAUGCGACAGUCUGGGUGCGUCAUCUUGUUUCAUCUCAUCAUGUUAGUGCUGACUGGAUCAUCUCUGCUAGUGGAAAGAAAGCCAAGAAGCCGUUCCCGUUCUAUGUGAGUGUGAACGUGAACACAAAUCAGGUAACGACCUUGACCCAUCACAUCCUGGCUCAGUACCUCGGGGAGGAAAUUGGUGUUACUAAAGAUGCCUGCAAAGCUCCAGACAAGGACAAGACACAUCAGUUUCUUUGGAUUCAAGGCAACUUGACACAACCUUCUACAGGCAAUUCUCGUGUUGGCGCCUGUAUAAAGUCUACCUCCAUGUUAACACUAGCCAAGUCUCCAGCAUUUGAUAUAGAUGACUAUGACUGGCUGUCCGGCACCUACUCCACAUGGACAGAGAGUGUGUGGGAACCACUCAAAGUCAGGAUAUUCCUCGUCCCUAGUCAACAAUUCCAGGUUUUAACCCUUUGUGUUGGGAUAGCCAUUCUACUAGUCUCAAUGAUAGUAGUAUAUUUUAUCAACGGAAGCGCAGAUGUAAUAUUUAACACUGGCUCAAGCCAGACGCCACAAAGUUGAUGAAAGCAUAUAAUACGACAACUUUGAGUCUUGGGGUUGUGAUCAUGCUGGUGUCUUUUGUCAUCGUGUACUUUGUCAACGAGCAGUCAGAUAUAUUGUUUU